GGAUUUGUGGCUGGAAGUGCCAGGAAAUAGGUGGGCAGGCACUGUCCAUUGCCAGGCACAUCUCAGGCCUCUUGACCCCUAGGGCUCCUACGGCCUUCAGCAGAUUUACAGGAAAGGGAUGAGAGGGAAGCUGUGUCGACAUGUCUUCAGAUUUCCUUCCGCAUACGCUCUGUGUGUAGACAGUGUGCUGUCCUGUCCUGUUUGCUCAGUGAUAGUGUCCUUGUGGGCUCAGGGUUGUAGUAUGUUCGCUCCUCGUCCUGCUUCUAUUUGUAGUUUCUCUACUGCUGGGAUUAUCUCAGUGUUUUGCUGUUGUAAGCACAGUUGCUAUGAAUAUACUUGAACUUUGGUUUUCUGUGGGGUAAUCUUAGGAGUUUAUCUUGAGGAGCAGAGGUAAUAGCUAAUUUAUUGCCUUGUUUUGUGCCCAGGCCUGAUCUGUUGUCCUGACUGCCCACCUUGCAUAUUGGGGGAUGGGGGAGGAGAAUUCUGCCACUACUGCUAUGGAAGGAGGCUAUGGCCAUGGGAGGAGGCCAGGGCCAUCUCUGGGAAGAUAGAAGUUGUGAAGAGGAGAUACAGAACACCAAUCCUGAGGACUUGGGAGUUUUCCUUGAGAGAGCAAUGGAAGGGGGUGACUUCAUGGGAGGGCAGAGGCAGUUUGCAUGACCAACUGCCCGACGCUUAUUGUCAUGGUGGGCCUGCCUGCCCGGGGCAAGACCUACAUUUCUAAGAAGCUGACUCGAUACCUGAACUGGAUUGGUGUGCCCACUCGGGAAUUCAACGUUGGCCAGUAUCGCCGGGACAUAGUCAAGACAUACAAAUCUUUUGAGUUUUUCCUCCCAGACAAUGAAGAAGGCCUGAAAAUCAGGAAACAGUGUGCCCUGGCAGCCCUCUGUGACGUUCGGAGGUUUCUCAGUGAAGAAGGAGGACAUGUGGCAGUCUUUGAUGCAACCAAUACCACUCGAGAACGAAGAGCAACCAUCUUUAAUUUUGGGGAACAGAAUGGCUACAAGACCUUUUUUGUUGAAUCCAUCUGUGUGGAUCCUGAGGUCAUAGCUGCCAACAUCGUGCAAGUGAAGCUGGGCAGCCCUGACUAUGUCAACCGGGACAGUGAUGAGGCCACAGAGGAUUUCAUGAGGCGCAUUGAAUGCUAUGAAAACUCGUAUGAGUCACUGGACGAGGAUUUAGACAGGGACCUUUCCUAUAUCAAGAUCAUGGACGUGGGGCAGAGCUAUGUGGUGAACCGUGUAGCUGACCACAUCCAGAGUCGAAUCGUGUACUACCUCAUGAAUAUCCACGUGACCCCCCGCUCCAUCUACCUCUGCCGGCAUGGGGAGAGCGAACUCAACCUCAAGGGCAGGAUCGGUGGGGACCCAGGACUAUCCCCCCGGGGCAGAGAGUUUGCCAAGAGUUUGGCCCAGUUCAUCAGUGACCAGAACAUCAAGGAUCUGAAAGUCUGGACAAGCCAGAUGAAGAGGACGAUCCAGACAGCCGAGGCGCUGGGUGUGCCCUAUGAACAGUGGAAGGUCCUCAACGAGAUUGAUGCGGGUGUCUGUGAGGAAAUGACCUAUGAAGAGAUUCAGGAUCAUUAUCCACUGGAAUUUGCCCUGCGGGACCAGGACAAGUACAGAUACCGGUACCCCAAGGGAGAGUCCUACGAGGACUUGGUCCAGCGGCUGGAGCCUGUUAUCAUGGAACUGGAGAGGCAGGAGAACGUGUUGGUCAUCUGCCACCAGGCGGUGAUGCGCUGCCUUCUGGCCUACUUCCUUGAUAAGGCAGCAGAACAGCUGCCCUACCUCAAGUGUCCCCUACACACGGUUCUGAAGCUGACACCUGUGGCUUACGGUUGUAAAGUGGAGUCCAUAUUCCUGAAUGUGGCAGCUGUGAACACACAUCGGGACAGGCCUCAGAAUGUAGACAUCUCGAGGCCUCCAGAGGAAGCUCUCGUCACAGUCCCUGCUCACCAGUGAUAACAUCUCAUCCACUGACCCUGGGCAGGCACUGAUCCCCGCAGACAAGGUCAUUCCAGGCCUUCUACUGUUUGCGGUACUGGUGUACAGUCACCAUGCAGGAACACUCCUGAAGCCAUGCGUGGCUAGUGCCACCCAGAACCCCAGCCCAGACAACCUGACAGGGUUGGAUGUGGCUGCUGACUUGCUGCUAAGAGUCGCUGGGCCCAACUCGUUGUGCAGGCGGGUGAGGCUGCAGCAACUGCUGUCCCUCUGUUGGAACGCUCAGUGGCUGCUCUCACCAGUCCAGCUGCUUUGUGAAGUGUGCAGCCGUAAAUGUGAAAUAGAAAGUCUCACUGGAAUGUCCCCACUGUGGUCCAGCUGCUUGGGGGUGGAGCAGGUGACCCCCUACCAGGCCUCUGUUGUUCUCUGCGAUCACUUGUAGAGUCUGAGGCCAGGUCUUCAUGGAACUCUUGAGUGUCUACUGCCUUCCUUAUCAGUUACAGAAGAGCCACAGCCAUUGGCCAGGCCCUCGGGUCCAUGUCGCCCACAUCUGUGGGCACUGAUGGGAGCAGCGUACUCGCUUCAGCACUGAAGAAAAGCCAGAGGGCAGCAUUUGUAGUACCCCUUCUCAACUUCUGCCAAGGCAUACACUGGAUUAAGGAGGAGCUGGUAGCCAGGGCUGCUCCUUCUCCACUGCUUCCACAGUGGAACCACAUGAAGACAAGGCAGUUGUAUGAGCUACCUUCCUGAUGCCCACAUUGAAGUGCCCAAGGAGGAGACUGGGUCUUCCCUUCCCUGGCUGCACACUGGCAGCUGGGAAGGAGGCCACCUCUCGCCUAUGUGUUGCUGCCUCUGUCCACACUGGAAUAAACACUGGUGGUAUAGACAUUUAUUUGCCAUAAAUGGUUCAGAAAUAUUUGUGGUCCUGUAAAAUUUGUCUUGGUAUUUGUGGACCUUUACCUAUGAGACUGAGGAAGGGAGAGGACAGAACCCGAGUAGUCCCUGGCCAAGGGAGGAUUCCCUAGCCACAUCACAGGUUCAGUUCAUGUGUACAUGAACCUGGUGAAAAUGGCUUUGUGAAGUCUGGAACCUGUCAUGUCCCUGAGUUCUUUUGGGUUUGGGCAGGAGAUUCUGACUCCAUUUCACAGCUGGCCAGACUGGUGUGCAGGACCAGUUCGUGGAACAGGACAAGAAAUUGUCUACUCUAGUAGUUGGCUACCUGCUGUGUGCCUUGGUGAAGCCAGGCCCCUGGAUCCCAAGAACACUUUGUACCAGAAUCUUUCCAGGCCUGUGCCUGGCAGAGCAGUCUGCCUUUUCCAGCCCCUGCUCCGCACUGCCAUUCCAGGGCCUUUGCAGCCUGCAAAUACCACAUGCUCCUGAGAGGCUACUGUCCUUGUCCCUGGCCAGUGGCCUCUCAUCUUCGUGUGCUCCAUCAGCUGUGGACAAACACAGGUAGAGAGAUGUCUGGGGUGGAGGUGGGGCUGUGGGAGGGUCCUCCUUAUGGACUCAUUUCCCAUUAGAGCUUCAAGCCCCAGCUCUGAGCUACUGCCUUUAGGACAUGGGAACUGCUGGCUUUGCUUUUGUAUCCCUUGGAGUUUGGGUGACUUUUGCCAUCUGGACACACUUGUCAGACAUCGUGGGUUCCUUUGGUCAGUGGCUGCACAUAUACAUCUGGAUGUUACCUGAGGCAAGACCACCGAGGCCUUUUUUCUCUGAACUGAGGGCAGGCAGGAGCUGCUGGACUCAGAUGAAUUAUGAGGACUGGGGAAAAGGCAGCUGGGUGUCAAGGCAUGUGCAGGAGCUGCCCCUCCCUCCACUCUGCCCUGGAGCAGCCUCUGCAUGGGCAGCCUCAUGCCUGGUUGGCUAGCAGGUUUUAGCUGGGCGGUUCGUGUGCCCAAGCUGUUGUUCUGCUGCUUCCCCUGGAAUGGAUGGUAUUGGAUCUCCGCCACACAUUGCACUGUGUGUAGCAUUCAUUGCAAUAAAUAGUUUUUGAAAACUAAUUUAAGGUUGUAUUUUGUAGCUGGUUCUCCAUUUGUGAGUUGUUCUUUCUGCCAGCUCUGUAGAGGCCCCAUGCUGUAAUUUUUUCUGUAGGUCUAUGUUGGGACCCUUGGUUCAUCUCCCACCCUUAGGCAUCUCCCUCAGUGGAGAGGAAUUGUGUCACCUUGGAGUGAACUCUGGGUUGGGCUCAUGGGCAGGGAGGAGGCCUACCUGAAACCUCUGACCCACAGAGAAUGGUGAUACUUUGGGAAAACAUGUAUGAGAACCUGCUGCCAAAGGUGGAGGGUACUAUGAGACAAAAGAAAAAGAUUGACAGCUAUUGGGUUGCACAAAGUUCAGUUUAUUAGGGAAUUAUGAUCAGAUGUGUGUCUUGGGUGGCAGCAGGACAGGAAGAUCCCUGUGCCCCAAGGGAGGAGAAAGGAUGUAUUUACCACGUUUGACAAGGGUGGACUGCAGCCAACCAGAAUGUUCCUGACCUUUCUCAAAAACUGUUAACAUAGACUGAUGAAGUGGCUCAAGUGGUAAGUGCCUGCCUAGCAAGCCUGAAGCCCUGAGUUCAAACUCUAGUACUACAAAAAAAAAAAA